AUGUAGAUUAGAGAUAAUACUUAAACUAUUAAGAUGACUUUACUAAUGUAUUUGUACAUUAUAACUUAAGGCUAAAUCAUCAGAUGAAAUCUUAAUAGCCUUAUAUGUAUUUAGUAGCAUAUUAAUAUUUUUUUAAAUUUGUGGAAUAAUAGGAGCAUAGAAAGGAAUUGGAACACUGUUAUUUUGCUUUAAUAUAGGAAAUUUCUUACUUGCAAUAUCAUUUCUUGGUCUUUCAACUAUUGGAUUUAGUAUCGGAUCAUCAGCUCAUUGGAUAGAUAUAUUUCAGGUUGAAAUUUCUUUAUAUCAUUUUACAAGAUGAAUGA